AUGCGAGCUCUCCAAAAGAAUGUCAUAUGGGAACUCAUGCCCUUACCUCAUGGAAAGAAGACAGUAGGAUGUAGGUGGAUUUAUACUGUGAAACUCAAAGCAGAUGGAUCCGUUCAAAGAUAUAAAGCUAGAUUGGUGGCAAAGGGGAAAACUUACUGCAUUGAUUGUUAUGUAGAUGACAUAAUCGUAACUAGAAAUUACUCAGAAGAGCAACUGAAGUUGCAAAAGUAUUUGUCUCAGGAAUUUGAGAUGAAGGAUUUAGGUGAUCUGAAGUACUUUCUCGGAAUCGAAGUAGCAAGAUCAAAAAUUGGUAUAUUUCUGUCUCAAAGGAAGUAUGUAAUGGAUCUACUCAUUGAAACAAGAAUGCUUGGAUGUAAGCCUGCUGACACACCCAUUGAGAUGAAUCACAAGUUGUGUGAAGACAUGGACCAAGAACCAACCAAUAAGGAACAGUACCAACGCCUUGUUGGAAGGUUGAUAUACCUGGCACACACAAGACCAGAUAUUGCAUAUGCUGUGAGUGUGGUUAGUCAGUUUAUGCAUUCACCCAAGGUUUCUCAUAGGAAUGCAGUUGAUUGGAUCUUAAGAUACUUAAAGUCAACCUCUGAGAAAGGAUUAAUGUUCUCAAAAAAUGGAGAUCUUGAAGUUGUUGGAUACACAGAUGCUGAUUGGGCUGGUUCCAUUUCAGAUAGACGCUCUACUUCAAGUUACUUUACAUUUGUGGGAGGUAACCUAGUCACUUGGUGGAGUAAAAAGCAAAAUGUGGUUUCUCGGUCUAGUGCAGAAGCAGAGUAUCGAGGAAUGGCUCACGGAGUUUGUGAAUUAUUGUGGAUCAAAAGACUUUUGACAGAAUUGGGCUUCAAGCCAGAAAAGCCAAUGGAGUUGCAUUGUGACAACAAGGCAGCUAUCGAUAUUGCCCAUAAUCCACGUUGGAGCUAUAAUAUAAAAGCAACAUUCGGAUCUGUCAAACGGCAAUUGCCAAAGGAAGGUUGGGGCAUGCAGUUCCGAAUUUCUAAUCAAUGA